AUGAGGGAAACAGACUCGAUAGAAGAAUUCUACAAUCGUUUGAUCGCAAUCGUUAACCAGAUGAGGUUGAAUGGGGAGCGACUUGAUGAUCAAAGAAUUGUAGAAAAAAUAUUGAGAUCUCUUACACGUAAAUUCGAAUGUGUGGUUCUCGCAAUAGAGGAGUCCAAAUAUCUUACAAAACUUUCAUUGGAAAGCCUUCUCGGGACAUUACAGUCCCACGAACUGCGUAUAAAACAAUUCGAGACAGCUGCGACUGAUCAGACCUUUCAAGUUGCUUCAAAUGACAAGAAUAAAGGAAGAAACAAUAAUAAGAAUACAGGAUCAUACAAAGGGCAUGGAAGGGACGUGAUUAAUGAACACAGUCAAGAAGUUCAAGGAAAAGGCUUCAAAGGGAAAGGAAAGAAACCUCUAUCUGAGAUACAAUGUUAUAAUCGCCAGAAAUUUGGUCACACUAAGAAGUUUUGCAGGCAAAAGAAAUUUGAAGAAAACAAAGAUUCCACUUUUAUGCAUGAGAAGGAAGCUACAGAACUGGAGACUAUGUUCAUGACAUGUGACACUCAAUCCAUCACCGAUAUUGGAACGUGGUACGUGGACAGCGCCUGCAACAACCACAUGACAGGGAUCAAAGACAUCUUUGUUACCUUGGAUGAAUCACACAGCAGCGAAGUACGAACGAGUGAUGAAAGGAAACAUAAAGUUCAAGGUAAAGGUGAUAUUAUGGUUAAUACAUAUCAUGGUGCAAAGAAAGAAGCAUGGAGCGGAUUCAAACCAUGUAUAUCACACCUUAGGGUGUUUGGUUGCAUCGCUUUUUGUCUUGUUCCUAUUCCGGGACGUGGUAAAUUGGAUGACAGAUCAGUGAAAUGCAUUUUUAUUGGAAACAGCGAAGCCUCAAAGGCAUACAAGCUAUAUGAUCCAAUUAAAGAACAAGUGGUCAUUAGCAGGGACGUGAUAUUUGCCGAGGAUAAGUGA